CUCGUGGAAUACUCUUUCAACCUUACAUUUCAAAAUUCUUGUCAAUUCUACAAACGUCAACCAUCAUAUUUCUUAGUUUCAUUACAAAAUCUAUGUUCAUCAACCAAAAUUUUCUGUGAGUCACAAUGCGUGAAAUUGUACACAUACAACUUGGAGCAGCUGGAAAUAACAUUGGUAACAAGUUUUGGGAAGUGAUAUCCGACGAACAUGGAGUAGAUCCUUCAGGAAGAUGGCACGGAGAUUCAGAUCUGCAACUGGAACGAAUCAACGUAUACUACAAUGAGGCCAGUGGCGGAAGAUUUGUACCAAGAGCAGUAUGCGUGGAUUUAGAAGCCAGCACUAUGGAUAACGUUAGAUCAGGGCCUUUUGGAAAACUUUAUAGACCUGACAACUUUGUAUUCGGGGAAAGCGGGGCAGGCAACAACUUUGCCAAAGGAAAGUAUACGGAAGGAGCUGAACUAGCCGAUACAGUUCUGGAUGUUGUCAGGAGGGAGGCUGAAGGAUGUGAUCUUUUACAGGGAUUCCAAAUCGUGCAUUCUAUCGGUGGUGGCACCGGCUCUGGCAUGGGUUGCUUACUUCUAGAGAAAAUCAGGGAAGAAUAUCCAGAUCGAAUCAUUAGCACUUUCACAGUUAUACCAAGUCCAAAAGUAUCCGAUGCCGUUGUAGAGCCAUAUAAUGCUGUCAUGGCCCUUUCCCAUUUGAUCGAAGCAUCUGAUGAAACGUAUAUAAUUGAUAACGAAGCUUUGCAUGACAUAUGUUACAGAACACUGAAAUUAUCAGCUCCUUCAUAUGGCGAUCUAAACCACUUGAUUUGUGCAGUAAUGGCAGGCGUUACAACUUGUAUAAGGUUUCCUGGUCAGCUCAAUGCUGAUCUGAGGAAAAUCCAGGUUAACAUGGUGCCUUUCCCUAGGUUACAUUUUUUUAUACCAGGCUUCGCACCACUAACAUCCAGAGGUAACGCUCCCUAUAGAGCAAUAACGGUACCCGAACUUGUUCAUCAAUUGUUCGAUGCUAAAAAUCUCAUGGCUGCGUGUGAUCCCAGAAGAGGCAAAUAUCUGACUGUGGCUUCGAUAUUUCGUGGCAGAAUGUCUACUAGGGAAGUUGACGAACAAAUGAUCAAUAUUCAGGAUAAAAAUAGCUCGUAUUUUGUUGAGUGGAUACCGAACAACGUGAAAACAGCGGUCUGUGACAUUCCACCCCGGGGAAUGAAAAUCUGUGGAACUUUCAUCGGAAACAACACAGCUAUCCAGGAGCUUUUCAAAAGGAUAGGUGGUGGAAGAAACCUAUUGUCUAGUAAUCUAAAUAGCCAUCAACUUCCAUGGAACUCCAUACUUCAGGCGAAGCUUUCUCUGCUAUGUUCAGGAGAAAGGCCUUUUUGCAUUGGUACACAGGCGAGGGCAUGGAAGAAAUAGAGUUCAAUGAAGCCGAAUCGAACAUGCAAGAUCUGAUAUCAGAGUACCAGCAGUAUGAUGUAGCUACUGGAGAUGACGAAGAUGACACGAAUGACUAUGAUAGUGAUGAUGAUGAAGAAUAAAGUGAGCAGUCGAAGAUAACUUGUUUCAGGGCAUGUGUACAACAUCAUUGUGACAAUAAAGGGGAUAAAGGAGCGGUCGCACCUGCCAGCUCUGGAUGUACGUAGUUCGACCCGGUCAGGAUGAGAGAUCGAAGUCAGGCGGAUCUCCUUGGCAGGCUCAACGCGCAACGGCAUCAUCGGAGAGAGCUCUGACGAGCAAAACCCGUUGACAUGGUGGGAGAAGAAAGCCAGAUCGCCGACGGCCCGUCGUGCAAAAGUGUCUCGAGACUGUCCGUUAAACAAGGGUCAUCGAUCACUCUGAACAGCAUCUGGCAUGAAUCACAUAGUCGGGAUGGCAGCACCAGAAAUUUGUGAGCAGUACUCAAGACUGUCUUGUGAAGAGGUUAUGCAGAGAAACGAAUAAAUGAACAAGUGUUUCCGUACAAGUCUUAGAACUUGGAAGCUCUGGAAGUGAAUACCUGAGAAAAUGUAUGUUAAUUGAUAAAAAUUAUUUGAGCUAACGAAAACAGAACACUCAAUGAAAAUGUAUUUAGUUUAGUAAGCUCUGUACGUGCGUGUUGGGUAUUACCUUAUCUUAAUAAAGAAUAAAAUCC